AUGCAUGAACAGGAGCCAAAACACAUGCAUCCUAACCUAACACUGACCAUAGGUGGAGGACGUGUCAACCAGCUAGGAGGGAUGUUUCUCAACGGCAGACCUCUCCCAGAGUCCAAGAGGAGGAAAAUGAUAGAACUGGCCUCGGAGGGAGUCCGUCCAAGCCAGAUAUCCAGGAUACUUCGGGUGUCCAACGGGUGCGUCAGUAAGAUCCUGAGCCGUUACCGCAGCACAGGACUCCUCGAGCCGAAGACCAUCGGAGGGAGCCGACCUCGACUCCUCACCCCCGGUGUCAUCUCCACUAUAAUCCAGUGCAAGAGAGAAAACCCAACUAUUUUCGCUUGGGAAAUUCGAAAACGUCUGGCAGCAGCACGAAUGUGCAAGGUCUCGAAAGUGCCCAGUGUGUCAUCUAUAAAUCGGAUUUUAAGAAAGAUCCACUUGGACCACGGACCCAUGUGCAUGGAGAUCAACAGAGAAUUCUCUCACAGCCAGUAUGCAGACAUGUACAUGAGAGAGAAACUGUCCGCCAAAAUCAAACUUCCUGAAGACACCAUCAAGGUCUGGUUUUCAAACAGACGGGCUAAAUGGAGGAGGGAAACCAAACAGAGGAGUAGCGCGCAGAGUGAGUGUGUGCAUGGAAAGGCCUUUGUGUGA